CCCGCCCCCAAGGCAGCCGACGCCCGACGCAAAUCGGCGACCAAACACGGUCUGCUCGUCACCCUCAGCGUGCCGCCCGCCCUGCUACGCGACAUCUUUCCCUCCUCUGUGUCCGUCAAGGAAGGGUCCGAGUCUCCGGCGUCCAAGAGCUCCAAGGCCAACUCAGAACCCAAGGAGUCGCCCGCCAGCCCCAGCGCGCUGGCCGUGUCUGCGGCUCCCUCGAAUGGCGACGCUGCCUCCGACUCAAAUGCUGCCACUCCGGCCGCCGAGGGCACGCCCUCCUCAACACCAAUGCCACCUCCGACGACGAAGAAGGGAGUCAAGCGAUCCGCCGCUGCCGUCAACGGCACCAGCAACGACGGCAUACCCAAGCCCAGAGGCAAGCCGGGCCCCAAGAAGAAGCCCCGACUGGAGGACGGCACCAUCGACCACAGUGGUGCGACGGCUCGCCCGUCUGCCCACAAGCUUGGUCCCAAGGCAAACCAGGGAGCCAUCAACGCAGGCCUCCGUGCCCUCGACCGGUCUGGCAAGCCCUGCCGGAGGUGGGCCAAGGGCGGCUUCAAGCUCAAGAGCUUCACCGGAGUCGUCUGGGAGAUCCCACGAUGGACUGCUCCUCCGCGGACCGUCCCUGAAUCUGGCGCCGAGGACUCUGCCGCCCCUUCCGCCGAUGGCGAGGGCAGCAACAAGGAGAACAAGGAGACCGAAAACGAAAACGGCAACGAAAACGGAAACGAAGGCAACAGCGUUUCCAACAGCAACAGCGGUGUCGACGUCGAGAUGCAGAGCGCGCCCAGCGUCCAAGCAUCAUCACCAGCUCCCGUUCCUGUAGCUGCGGCGUCAUAA